UUGGAACCUUCACUUUAUAGUAUUUUUCUGCUAGCUUUGAAAAAUUCUUUGGAAUUGUUUAUAUUCUGAUUCUUAACUAUGGAUCUUUCUUCAUUUGUUGUCUGCAAAUUUGUUAUUUUCAAGGAAAACCCAUGUUAGAUAUCCACCUUGGUGGUCUCAUAUCACCUGAUCUUGUCCCUUUUGCGUCAAUCAAUUCCCUGAGAUCUGUGACUUUGUGGCAAUAAAAAUUGAGUCUUUCCCUUUAUUGGGUCAUGCUUAAAAUUUCAAGAUUCCAGUUUGGUUUCCUUCAGAACAGCUGUUGAGUGAGGUCCAUUCAUACUUGGAACACCAAAAGCACUUCAUUCUUUUAUAGCUGUUCUGUCUUUUAAGAAUUUGAGAGAAGACAGUUCUGUUUUCCUGGGAUAUGCAAUAUGAAGGACACUGGUAACAUCUCUCAGUACCGAGAUAAAUUGGAUCAGACGUUGUCGUCUCAUGAUCUUUUAAAUAAUGAUUUGCUUAAGAACCUUGUCAAGAAUCAAAUGCUGCGCUCAUCAGAAUGUGAUCUUCAAGAAUGUAGUGACGACCUGGUUGACCGAAGAACCAAGGAAGUGGCAAACUUUUUGAGCAUGUUAAGGAGUACAUCUGUAACUGAUAGUGAGAAGGAAAAAUCUUCUGAAGCAGCACAUGGUGUUUGGAAAGUAAAACAAGAUACUGAAGAAUACCGUGUUAUGUAUCGAGAGGGACCAGAAGGCACUCCCUUCCAUACCCUCCUUGUUGAAGGCUAUGUAGAUGGCCCAUCAGAUGUUUGUUUAUGCAUCUCAUGGGGGACAGAGUUCUACAGGAAAUGGUGGCCACAAACCACAAUUCCAACAUUUAAGAUUGUAGCUUCUGAGUGCGUGCAGAAGGUCAGAGAGGGUGAACAAAUAUGUCUAGUAAGGAUGAAGCUUUCAUGGCCAUUGUCAGCAAGGGAGGCCCUUGUACAUUUCUUUGUAUUUGAAUACAUUCAAGAUGGUCUGAUAGUAGUGCUUCUAAAUUCGAUCUCUGACGUAGAUACUGUUGAUAGAAGUACUCAUGGGUACUCAAAAGACGGAAUACCACUCCCGCAGGAUGUAGUACGAAUUGAUGUGGUGGGAGGCUUUGCUAUCCAGAAAGUUAACGAUAAUCGUAGCUACUUCAGGACUAUAGCAAACAUGGAUAUCAAACUGGACUUUAUUCCUCCUUCAUUCAUCAAUUUUGUUUCAAGGCAGCUCGUAGGUGCUGGUUUCAAGCUUUAUAAAAAGGAAGUAGCUUCAGUUACCAAAGGUGACGAAGAUUUCAGCAAUGCUCUAAAAGAUCCACUAUAUGAUCGAAUACGAAAAGCAUUUUAUUCAGAUAAUAUACCUAACGGAAAUGGGGCUUUAGAAUUGCAAGACUUCAAGGAAGAAGCACGAGCCAGUCUCGAUGAAGGGGCAAGAGAUAGCAGUGGGGCUUCAGGACUGCAAAAGGACUUCAAGAAAGAUGCACGUCUCCGAGUUGAUGAACAGACAGGAGAUGGAAAUGGUGCUUUAGAACUACAAGACCCGAUAAAAGACGCCUAUGUUCAUCUGGAUCAAGUAACAAGAACAAAUGUUGAAGAUAAAAAAGUACAUAGUGAAAUUGAGGAAAUUAAUGAAGAUUCAAGUGAAAUGAUUGAAAGUUUAGAUGAGAAUGACGAGAAAGUUCGGGAUUCUUCAGCUAAUCAACUCGUAGAUGUGCCUGCCAACAACAAGAAGGUCGUGAUUAGAUCUGAGGUCCGACAAGCUCUGGGAACUUUGGAGAAGGCUAUUUCUAUCAUAAGGGAUUUUGGAUAUAAUUUGGAAAUUAGAUCUGUUUCCGGAAACACUACUGUUAAGUCUUUAAGUGUAGAGGAGGAUGGACGGAAAGACUCAAAAUCGUCAGAAACUGAUCGAAUUCACCGAAGUGGCAUAGCUUGCACUGAAUCACCCGGAAAAGAAUUAUCAGAGGCGACACCCUACGAACACAGGAACAGCUCUGCUAGUCAUGGUUCCAGGCGUACAAGUUCUAGUUUGUGCGCGAGGGAAGCUAACCACAACAAGAAGAUUGCUCCUGCAUCACCGGAUGAUUAUGUUGAAACCUUAGGCGACACACAACACGCUGCCUCAGUAGACCAAAGGAAGGAAGAAAACGCCAUGUCUAUCCAUGCAGAUACCGUCCAUGGAAAGAAGAACGGUAAAAGAAAACGAAAACUGCCAUUUUACUGCUGCUUGUAUUUUCAUUCAGGACAAGUCAUGAGUUAAAGAGAGCAAUUUUGUUUAUAGAAAAGCAGCUAUAGUUUACCUGUUACUGCGGAUGUAAAAUUCUUAUGAAAUUAAGGUCAACACCAGUGUUCUGUACCUAUGUUGCUCGAACCUUCCAAAAAUAUUGCCACACACGUGUCGGAUCCUCCAAAUUUGCAUAUCUUUUGCAGGAUCUGACACAGACAUGACCCUUUUUUUGGAAGAGUCCGAGCAACAUAGUUUUGUACAACAUAAUGUAGCUAAGCAGGCCCAUAUUUAUGACAAUGUAAUAUGAUGGUGACAAUACCACAAAUACUUGAGGUAAUAUAUUUCUCGUAGAAAAAGGGGUUUACAUAUA